AUGCCUAGAGGACGACGUGCGAACAUCGGCCGCCGCACAAGACAUGCAAGCCAGCAACAAGUGUAUUCACAGAACUUAAGCGAAGAAAGACAAAAUAUAAUAAGAGAAAAUGCCCGAUUGAGACAACGCGUGAGAACACGAAGAUCAUUGGCAUCAUACAAUCGCUUGGCAUUCCAAUAUGAUCCCACUGCGAACUACAGUGAUGAUGAAAAUUUAGAUAUUGGACCAAUGACGACUAUAUGCCGACAUUGCAAUGCGUUAAAGUUCAAAAGAGAAACGGCUGGAUUGUGCUGCGCAAGUGGAAAAGUCACACUGGAUCCAUUACUUACACCACCACAGCCACUGAAACCAUUGUUCGAUGGAAGUGAUCCCGAUUCCAGCCAUUUUCUUCAACACAUCCUUGAAUACAAUAACUGCUUUCGCAUGACUUCCUUUGGAGCUAAUAUCAUUCGAGAAGGCGGCUUCAUGCCGACUUGCAAGGUACAAGGACAAAUAUAUCAUUUGCAUGGUUCAAUGGUGCCAACACCAGAUGAACCGCAUCAAUUUCUGCAAAUAUAUUUCAUUUCGUCGAUGGUGGAUCAGCUGAAUGUGCGGUGCAAUAUACAGGGAACACAACAGUUAAAGAGACGAAUUAUUGAACAGUCGCAAGCAUUUUUUCACGCUAAUAAUGCUGUGGUUAAUAUGUUCAAAACAGCACUGGAACGAAUGCCAUCGGAUACGCACAAAUUUGUCAUAAGAGCGGAUUGUACCCCAACAGGUGAACAUGUGCGAAGAUUCAAUGCACCCACCGUUAAUGAUGUUGCUGCAAUUAUUGUUGGCGAUCCAACUAAAUCGCGAGACAUCGUCGUUCAGCGAAGAAGCAAUAUCAUGCAUCGUGUUAACAGAGGUACUGAAAAUGCUGCAGAUAUAAAAGAGAGCCUUGAUUCCAAAUCCACAGCUUGCCAUGAUCUUGCAAAAGAUUUAUACCCGGACGAUUCCGUAUUCCCCAUCAAGAACUUUGCUCAAGAAGUUCCUAGUCUUAGAUAUUUAUCACUCAGAAUUGUUGACCUUACUAUUAAUCAGAGUCAGAAUGGUAAUAGUUCUAAUGGUAACUCUUUUAUUCUCAAACAUGCACUAACACAUUAA